ACCAGGAAGAGACUGACGUGUCAUCUUAUCUCCUUUCUGAGAAACUGACUCUCUUCUCUACUGACAAAAACAAUAAAGAUUCAUCGCCGAAGAACCAAGAGAAACUCUUUCAAAAAGGAAUUGUGCUUAGUUUAUUUCUGAACAGACAGACUGAAGAUCUUUGUGAUUCCAGUGAUUCAUUUUUCAAACGGACUUCAUCCAGAAAGUGAAAGUAAAGGUUAGAUUGUUGCAGCUCAAAGAGAAAACAAUGGCUUCACAGUCUGAAGAAGAUUAUAUCUGUCCUGUUUGCUGUGAUAUCUUCAAGACUCCUGUGUUUCUGUCAUGCAGUCACAGUGUCUGUAAAGAGUGUCUUCAUCAGUUCUGGAGAACCAAAGGAACUCAGGAGUGUCCCGUCUGCAGGAGAAGAUCCUCAAGAGACAAUCCUCCAGUUAAUCUAGUGUUAAAAAACCUGUGCGAGUCGUUCCUGAAGGAGAGGAAUGAGGUUCGUUCAUCAGGAUCUGAGGAGAUCUGCAGUUUACACAGUGAGAAACUCAAGCUCUUCUGUCUGGAGGACAAACAGCCGGUGUGUUUAGUGUGUAUUAACUCAAAGAAACACGACAAUCACAAAUUCAGACCCAUCGAUGAAGUGGUUUCAUCAUAUAAGGAGGAGCUCAAUACAGCACUGAAAACAUUACAAAGAAAACUGAAACACAAUGAAACUAUGAAAGGAGAGUUUGAGGAAACAGUUGAAAAUAUCAAGUCUCAAGCUGAGCACACAGAGCAUCAGAUUAAACAGCAGUUUGAGACGCUUCAUCCGUUUCUCAGAGAUGAAGAAGAAGCUACAAUCACUGCACUGAGAGAGGAAGAGGAGCAGAAGAAGCAGAUGAUGAAGAAGAGGCUGGAGGAGAUCAACACACACAUCUCAGCUCUUUCACUCUCAAUCAGAGACAUGGAGGAGAUGAUGAACGCCAGUGACGUCUGCUUUCUGAAGAAGUUUCCAGUCUCGAUGGAAAGAGUCCAGAUCUCAUCACAGCCGGAUCCACAGACUCCUUCUGGAGCUCUGAUUCAUGUGCCACGAUACUUGGGAAACCUGCUCUUCAGAGUCUGGAAGAAGAUGCAGGACAUCGUCCAGAACAAGUCAGAAAGACGAUUAGUGCUGCUGGGAAGAUCUGGUGUUGGGAAGAGUGCAGCUGGAAACACAAUACUGGGACAGAAAGAGUUCAGAUCUGAGAUAAGUGUGACUGCAGUGACCUGUGAAUGUUCAGCUGCUCACACCACUGUUUCAGACAGAUCUGUGACUGUAGUUGAUAUUCCUGGAUUCACUGACACACAGAUGAAACAUGAAGGGUUAAUGACAGAGAUCAUGAAAAGUGUUGAUUUAUCCAGUCCUGGACCACACGCUUUUCUCAUUGUGUUUCCUGUGAAUCUGAGAUUCACUGAACAUGAUCAGCGGAUUCUUGAGCAGACUGAGAUGAUGUUUGGUCAGGAGGUGUUAAAAUACUCCAUCAUUCUCUUCACUUAUGGAGACCAGCUGAAAGGAAAGUCCAUUAAGGAUCUCAUUAAGAGGAACAGUCGAAUGAGACAUCUAGUUCAAGAGUCUGGAGACAGAUAUCACGUCUUCAACAAUGAAGAUCAAAAUAAUAGAGAGCAGGUGACAGAUCUGCUGCAGAAGAUUGACACAAUGAUAGAGAAGAACGGAGGAUAUUACAGUCAUCAGAUGCUUGAAGAAGCUCAGAGAAGAAGAGAGGACACCAGAAGAGGACGAGGAGAGAAAACAGCACCAAAGUCAAAGUCAGGAAAGUGUGUGUAGUUGAUCCUCCACGAUUCUUUCACACACAGAUGAAAACUGAAGAGAUCAUGAGAAGUGUUUUAGUCUUUGACGGCUCACUUUCCUCUUGUUUAGUCGGGAGCUGUUAAAAUACUCCAUUCACAGAGAUCAUCUACACGAGACGCUCACGCAGGAGAAGAGUAGAUUAAGACAGAUUCACAUCUUCACUAUCAGAGAUCACAUCUGAACUCUGAACUCUGUUAUUACUGCAGUGAUCUACAGUAAGAGAUUGCAGGACAUCUCUAAAUCAGUGCUUGAUACUUGGAUGUCCACCCCAUUGAGAAUUACACUCUGCUGUUCACCAAAAGAGCAGCACAAGAGCAUGGGACUAUAGACCGAAUAUUACACAUGUACACUGUUCAUAUUAAACUCUGAUUUCGAAAUGAUUUUGUCACAUAAAGUUUUCUUGUAACUGAUUACACUGCAUAUUUAACAAGAAAACAUUUAUCAGUGAAACUCAGAAUCUUUAAUGUUAGAUCUUUCAUUUUCUCUGAACAAAACAAAUAGUGUUGAUUCAUUAUUGUUAAUGACAAAACAACAAAAUAGUACAUUGACAAACUCACUGAUUAUAACUUAUUAACAAAACGAAUAAGACUGAUGACAUUAUACA